UUCGCUCUCAAAUCCUCCCUCUGUAACCUCUUUCCCUCGCUUUCCCGAGAAAAAACCCCAGAGCCUCCUAGCUCCCCACGAGAGAGAAAAAGCUCCAUCGCCCCCUCCCGCCCUGGAAACGACGUGGGAUCGGAGACGAAGCUUGAAAUGGAGACUCGUCAUGGAAUCGCAGUUGCCAAGGUGGUUCUCUGCUCUGUGUGUUUGGUGUCCGCCGCUCUGGUUCUGCUGUCCUCGUUCGAUUUCGGCGACAUGGCGUGGUUCGCUCCCGAUCCUUCUGCGUUGAAGUCUAGCUCGCCGAUGGCUCGUCAGUUGGUGAUGCGGGAGAAGGCGACGAGCUCGAGCGAUCUGGUUCGAGCUGCGAGCUUCGCGUCCGCUGAGUCCUCCCUUGGAGUUCAGUCGAGUACACGUAGAAACACGACGACGAUCAGAAAGACCAAGAAAGCGAGGGAAGAACGAAAGCUGGAGCUAGGAUUAGCGAAAGCACGGGCGGCGAUUCGGAGAGCCGCAAAGCUCGGCGAUCGUCCUUCCAACCGCACCGGCCAUGGCACUUCAGAGGCCGCGUACCGCAAUCGUCGCGUGUUUCUCCAGAGUUACAUGGAGAUGGAAAAACGGUUCAAGGUCUACGUGUACUCGGAAGGGGAGCUGCCCAUCGUCCACGACGGGCCGUGCAAGGACAUCUACACCAUGGAAGGCCGGUUCAUACACGAGAUGGAACACGGGCCAUCGGCCAGGUUCAGGACGAGGGACGCGACGCGUGCCCACGCCUACUUCUUGCCGUUCAGCGUGACCCGGAUGGUCCAGUACCUGUACCAACCUCUCACGUACGACGUGACCCCUCUCCAGCAGUUCGUCGCCGACUACGUGAGGGCGGUCUCGGCGAAGUACCCGUUUUGGAACCGGACCCGUGGGGCUGAUCACUUCAUGGUGGCUUGUCAUGAUUGGGGCCCUCAUGCAUCCCUUGGCGAUCCUCAUCUUUACAACAACUCAAUCCGGGCCUUGUGCAAUGCCAACGCCUCCGAAGGCUUCAACCCUCAAAAGGACGUGAGCUUGCCAGAAAUCCACCUCUUGGACGGCAACAUCUCCCCUAAACUCCUCUCCCCACACCCGCCACACGUCCCUCGCCCUAUCCUUGCAUUCUUCGCGGGCGGCCUCCAUGGCCCGAUCAGGCCUCUCCUCCUUGGCUAUUGGAAAGACAGAGGCGACCCUGAUCUUCGCGUCUACGAGUACCUCCCCAAGCAUUUGGACUACUACACCCUCAUGCUCAAAUCCAAGUUCUGCCUGUGCCCUAGCGGGCACGAAGUGGCAAGCCCUAGGAUCGUCGAGGCCAUUUACGCCGAAUGCGUGCCGGUGAUCAUCUCGGAGCACUACGUCUUGCCGUUCAGCGACGUGCUAAACUGGGAUGAGUUUUCAAUCAAGGUCGAGGUGUCGGGUAUUCCGAGGCUGAAGGAGAUACUGAAGGCGGUUCCAGAGGAUAAGUAUAGGAGGUUGAGGCAGGGUUUGAAGGCUGUGAGGAGACACUUCGUGCUGAACCAGCCGGCCAAAAGGUUUGAUGCGUUCCAUAUGGUGUUGCAUUCUAUAUGGCUUAGGAGGCUGAAUGUUAAUCUAGGGUAAACAUUUCCGAUCGCUAUCUGCCUUAGAACGUAGCAUCUUACAUAGAGUAAAUAGAGAUCCACGCUUGAAU